GCUACAGAACUUAAAAAAUGGAGAAAGACGGAAUCGAACGUGUCUUAGUUGAGUUGGACAAGAAAGAAUUCGAGCGACUGAAGUUUCUCUUAGAAAGUGUUUCUACGGAGAAAGAGAGUGCUACAGGCAUCCCCAAAAUUAGUAGAAAUUCGCUGAAGGAAAAAAAUAGCAGCUACGAGCUUGCGGAUCUCCUUGUGCAGCAUUAUCCAGAGCAGGCCGUGGAGGUGCUCGAGGAGGCGCUAGACCGCCUGCCCCGCCGGGAUCUGCUCGGUAAAGUGGGGAAGUAUGUAAAGUCUCGGGAGCCACCUGUACCCAGGCAACCAAACCCAAGGCAUGAAAGGAAACUUGAGUAUGCUGCUGAAGGUGAAUCACACCUGGAACGCUAUGAAAUGGGCAAUCAGCGCGUUGCUUUCAUGAUGUGUGUAACGAAAAACAGAGAUGGCUUCGAACAGGAUAUUAAAAAAAUGGAAAAACUGUUUGAGACAUGCAGGUUUAAAACUCCUUUACCAUGCUGCAAAGAUCCUUCCAAAAAGGAUUUAAUGGACGAUCUAAAAAAGUUCCGGAAGCAUAUUGACACCUCAACCAGCUGCUGCCUCAUUAUCCUUAUGAGCCAUGGAAGACGAGAUCAUAUUUGUGACUUGAAUGGGGAAGAAAUCAAUCUGGAUGAAAUAUUUUCACUUUUCAACAAUAUAGGAUGUCCUGAGCUCCAACGAAAGCCUAAAAUAUUCAUAAUUCAGGCCUUCCGAGGAACUGACAAAGACACUGGAGCAGUAGAAGCAGAUACUCAGACUGAGGCAAAGCGGAAACUGCCUACAGCCAGUGAUUAUUUUAUUGUAUAUUGGAGUCAAAAAGGACUCGUGUCUUUACGUCAUCCUGAAAAAGGCUCAGUAACGAUUACUGCUAUGGAUGAGGUCUUUUCAGCUCACUGGCAGAACUGGCAUAUUUGGGAUCUUUUCACAGAGGUUAACAGCAAGAUGGUGAAACAAGACUUUUGGCUUUCAGAUGAUACAGUGGAUACAGAUACAGAGGAUACAGUGAAAGUCUGUUCAGUAAUAGAAUCCACUCUUACCAAAGCUUUAUUUUUAAAAUAAAUUUCUUAUGUAAGUUAAUGUGGCUGGACAAGAACAUCCAUUUAGUCUUUUAAAGUAGGUUUUAAAUUUAGUAGCUACAUUAGAAUAGGUACUCAUUUAUAUUUCUAGCUUUCCACAAAAUGGAGAUCAGAGAAGAUGUUGAGAAGGAAGUUUUCUUAUUCAACUCAACCUCAUAUUACAUAAAGCUAGAAGGGUUCAAGGUUGGUGAUCCAAACAUGACUAAGCUAUAAUCCUCCUAAAAUGGGACCGAGGGACCAAAUAUUAUGGAUUUGUAGGUAAAUCACAAGAACCUGACUGUUGUAAAUGACAAAGUGGGCUUUGAUACAAACCCCGGAUUAUCCAAAGUUUAGGCAAUUUGGGUUUAAUUUUGGCAGGUAUUGUAGUUUUGUCAUAAAAAGCUGGCAUUUUAUUCCAUGGGAAGUGUGGCCAUCUCUCUCUUCUUAAUUAACUUCUGUGGCUGAACUAAAAAUCAGCACUUUUUGUGGAAAAGAUUUUAUACGAUCUGCAGUAGACAAAGUAGGCUGGACCUUUCUUAGAUUUAGCCACUAAGACUAAACUUUAGUCACUAGAGUAUGAUGAUACAACUGAAACAAAUGAGAGCAUAUUUACUGCUGGUGUAAUCUUUAUGAUUACACCCCGCACGGCGGGGUGAGCUCCUGUGGCUAGUCCCAGCUCCUGCUCACCUAGCAGUCCGAAAACAUGCCAAUGUGAGUAGAUCAAUAGGUACCGCUUCGGCGGGAAGGUAACGGCGUUCCGAGUCGUCAUGCUGGCCACAUAACCCGGAAGUGUCUAUGACAACGCCGGCUCCAAGGCUUAGAGAUGAGCACCGCCCCCUAGAGUCGGACACGACUGGACUUUACGUCAAGGGAAACCUUUACCUUUACUAAUCUUUAUGAUGCUUUUGUUUGUUUCAGUUCUAACAUUAUACUCACUCAUUUAAUUCUCUUUCCUGAUCUGUUUAAGUUUUUCAUUCACAAGAGCAAUAGCUGCCAUAUUGUUCUUACAGUAUUGUAACCAUUUUUUAAAAUGUUCUUUAAUCUACUGUAGAUGCCUGGUUUACAGCUGAUUUUCUUCUGAUAUUCGUACUCAUAUAUUAAAUAAAGGAAAAAAUGGAUCAGGCCUGGUCUUUUACUUUCUUAAAUCAGUUUCUAGAGUAGAACCUUGGAAGAAUGUAAGAACUACUACUGCCAAGAAACUAUUUUGCAAUGUCUUUUGUUUAUAAAACAUCAUCCUUUUGCAGUGUUUUCUGUUUAUUUUUUUUCUCUACAGAAUAUAAUAAAAUAAUUUAUACAGUGGGGUUGUACUUUGAAACACAUAUAUUGUUCAAUACUUAGAAUUAUGUUGAAUGUUUUCAGGGGUGAAGUUUAAAAUUAUUGUUUAUUAUGUUGUCCAUAU